AUGGAAACUAUAGAUAUAUUUCGUAUGCUGGGACAAUCUGUUCUUCUCUUAGCCUUUGUAUCAUUUUUAAUUCAGUGGUUUGUUCCACAAUUCAGAAAAUGUUGGUGUAAAUACAUAACUUCUUCACAGACAACUUUAGAAAAUGAUAAUAUAGAAAGUAUCAAUCAGAAUAAACUGGAGUCUGCAAACAUAAGAACCAAACAACAAGAUGUUCAUCGUGAAAAGGCAGCGAGUUAUUCUGAACGGAUAUUAAAACCAAGAGAAGAAGAGAAAAUCAAACAACAAGAAAAACAAUUGAACAGGUUCAGUGGUCCAGCAUGGAAAGGUGAAGGUCAGAUAUUAGGGGGAAAUGAUGAAGGUCUCAAUGUUUUAGAAAGAGAUGAUGUUUCACCAUCUGAACAGGCUGCUCGAAGACGUCAUCUUCCAGAACAGAAGGUAAAAUCCAAUUCCAAUUGUCAACCACAGAAAUCAGCAGAACCUAAGCAAAAAAAGAUAAUAAUAUUACCACCAGAACCAGAUACUGAUGAUAAAAAUACUGUCCUAGUUAAAUUACGCACACCUAUCAGAUCUAUCUGUCAAAGAAAUUUUUUAAUUUCAAAUAAUAUACAGGAAUUGUUAGAUUAUAUGACAACAGUUGGAUACAGUCAAACAUUUUAUACACUAUCUACCACCUAUCCUCGUACAGUACUCACAGAUCGGGUGAACACGACACUUGAGGAUUUACAGUUUAUCAAACAAGUCACCCUAAACAUUGAAGAAAGGGACUAGAGAACAGGGCUGUUGAUUUGAUUGUUUUGUUGUAUUAGAGAAUGGAAAUGGUGGUUGUGGAUGUGAAUUGAAUUUGUUGGUGUUAACAUAAGCACUAUGAGAACACUAUGAUAUGGUGGAGAGUUUUAUGAUUAUGAUACUCUUGAUAUCUCUGUAUUUUUAAUUACACUACAAAAUAAAUUUGGUAUUGAAACCCUCCAAGAGAGUUUAAAUUCAUGAAAAGUAUUUGAAUUGGAAACCUAAGUUUACUUUUGAAUUCUACAUUCAGAUUCCAUGUCGACACGUUUGUUAAACUUCAUACUGUAACUAGAAUAAUUCAUUAUGUUGCUGAAUUUCUGGCCUAUGUUCUGUCAUAAAUAAGAUGAGUAACCACAUUAUGGCCUAAAACUAAGCCUUAUUAAAUUUGAUUCUACUUGAUGACAUUUACUUACAAUUAAUAUUCUAUUUUGUAUAUAUCACAUACAUUAAUUUAAUUCUAAACUGUAAAUUACUCUAGGCAAUUCUUUAAGGGGUAUUCUGCUU